UCCAGUGCGGCGAAGCGCGCAGUGUAGUUCAGACUUAUUAAAAAUGAAUAUUUUCUUAAUAUUUCUAUCAUUGAGCGUGCUGUGUUACCGUCAGUUGGAAUCAGCUGAGCACGUGCCAGCAGGACCAAUCGGCCAAUUUAUACAAACCAACCUCAUUGGCUUCCCUCUGCUGCACGAAUCACAAAAGUGGGUUUUCGAUCCAGAUGUCGCUUUGAAAAGAAGAAAGGACUUCAUAGCAGUGAAUGGAGAUAAAGCGGAGAAGUUGAUAGAAAAAUUAGGAUUAGGGUUGGAUGAUCGUAGAGAAGAUAGGUUAAAAAGGCAACGGGCAAGAGACGAAGGGCAUGUUGGUGGUUUGACUUGGUUACGUGAGGAUUAAAUUUGUGAACCAGUAAUCGUAGAGUUGAUUCUGUUACAUCAUAAGGCCAGAGUUUAAAUAUAAAAGUCAUUUACAUACUAAGCUGCAAAAACUUGAGCUACCAACUCUUAGUUCCUAAUUAAAACUUAAAUAUCUCUAUGUUGGUAACUACUUCUCAAAGUUGUUUUUUGUCUUAAAUCAAGGUUAAUGUUUGUUACACGAUUUUGGAGAUUUUUUUGCCAAUAAUGACUAAAUAUGAAAUGAGUGUUCUUAUCAUAAAGUUGGGUUUUUAAAACUUAAAUACC